GGUUGUGUAGGUGAGGGAGAGAUUGCACACUUUCUUAGUUGAUUUCUAUUAACUUUUCUUUCUUAUCGCCAACACAAUCGACUUGUACUGGCCGCUAGGUGAAGGUGGCGGCGCCUAUUUAGAUUUCAAAUUAGUCGUUACUCAUCGUUCGAGGCAGUCGGAAUCAAAGAUUAGCCCCCCAAAUAAAACUAAAAAGCGGACACACAAACUACAAUAAAAAUAUGCUGGACACCGAAGUACGGGAACUUAUGCAAUCCUUUGUGCUCAGCGAUUAUCAGGUGCAAGAGGUUUAUAGUCGUUUCUAUGCGGAAAUUAGCAAAGGAUUGAAACGCUCGACAAAUGCCCAGGCGACAACGAAAUGUUUUCCCACCUAUGUUCAGGAUUUGCCAACAGGUGAUGAGAUUGGCAAGUAUUUGGCAUUGGAUUUGGGUGGCACCAAUUUCCGUGUAUUGCUCGUCUCGCUCAAGGGUCAUCAUGAUGCUCGAGUGGAAUUUCAGACAUAUGCUGUGCCCAAGGAUUUAAUGAUUGGACCCGGAGUGGAUCUUUUCGAUCAUAUAGCCGAAUGUCUGGCCAAAUUUGUGGCCAAACAUGAUAUGAAAAAUGCCUAUUUACCCUUGGGAUUUACUUUCUCAUUUCCCUGUGUGCAAAAGGGUCUAAAGGAGGCAGUGCUCUCGAGAUGGACCAAGGGUUUCAAGUGUCCCGGAGUCGCUGGCGAGGAUGUGGGUCGUUUGCUGCACGAGGCCAUACAGAGGCGCGGCGAUGUCGAAAUCGCUGUGGUGGCCAUACUCAACGAUACGACUGGUACCCUUAUGUCAUGUGCUCAUCGUAAUGCCGACUGUAGAGUGGGAAUCAUUGUCGGAACGGGCUGCAAUGCCUGCUAUGUGGAGCAUGUCGAUCAAGUGGACCUACUCGAUCAUGAGUUCAAGCGUGAGAAGAAGCAAGUCAUUGUCAAUUGUGAAUGGGGAGCAUUUGGCGAAGGUGGACAGCUGGAUUUCGUACGGACGGAAUAUGAUGUCACGAUUGAUAACAAAUCAAUUAAUCCCGCUCAACAGCUCUUCGAGAAAAUGACUUCGGGCAUGUAUCUGGGUGAGCUGGUGCGUCUGGUUCUAAUCCGAGGACUGCAGAAAAAGGCCAUCUUCAAGCUAAACCCGAGGCGUGAGGAAUUUGCCACCAUUUUGGAGGAAAAUGAGAAUAUUUUCGAGACUCGUCACAUAUCGGAAAUCGAAUCGGACACAUUCCCAGAAUUUGCCAAUACAAGGAGGAUUUGUAAGCAACUCUUUGGCCUGGAGAAGGCCAAUGUGGAAGAUUGCCAGAAGCUCAAAUAUGUAUGCGAAUGCGUGUCCAAGCGGGCAGCAACUUUGGUGGCCAUUGGGGCCAGCGGCUUGGUCAACAAGACCUUCGAUCGCAAAGUGGUUGUGGGCAUGGAUGGCUCUGUCUAUAGAUAUCAUCCCAAAUUCGAUGAGUACAUACGCGAAACUAUGCACAAAUUGGUCAAACCGGACAAAACCUUUGAUAUCAUGCUAUCGGAGGACGGAUCCGGACGUGGAGCAGCACUGGUUGCAGCCGUGGCCAGUAAAACCAAAUAGUUGUAUAGUUAUUAGUCAAUUCAAUAAAUUGUUUUCCCUUUUUCCCCACACACAAUA